AUGUUUUUAUCUGUUGACGCACUACCAUACCCUUUUUUAAAUAUAAACAUAAGUGAAAAUAAAUUAAAUAGAGACAUCUUACGAAAAAUAGAAGAUGAUCUUGACAUUGAUGAGAAAAUAUCUAUUUUAUUUUUAAUGAUAAAUGAUUACAGACAUAGUUUUAAAGAAAUUUAUGAUUUAUUACAAAAGCAUAAGGAACACAAAGCUUACAUACUUAUAGAAUUUAUAGACCACUAUCCAGAUAAUUGGAAGAAUAAGUUAUUAGAGGCAAUAUGUGUUAUACAAAAUAGGCAGAUCAUACGUAAACUUGGAAUAUCAUUUCAGGAUUUGAAUUUAUUAUAUUUGGCAAAAAAUAGAUCAUGUUCCAGAUAUAUAAAUGUAGUUGCAAAAUGUUUGUACUUAUUAUGUGAAGCACUUUCUGAAGAUAGAAUAAAGUUGUUACUGCAAUAUGUUAAAAGUGAUUUAACAGAGUACCUUAAAUAUUUAGAAGAUAUUGAUUUUCUUGAAUUACAUAUGUUGUAUUGGAUGCAAGAAAAUUAUAUUUCAAUACAAACAGGUGGUAAUCUUAAAAAUUUACUUAAACAUAUAAAGAGAUUUGAUGAUUUGGAGCUUAUUUAUGAAGAUCUUAAAAAUCAUGAAAAUCACCAAAAUAUGUUAGAUAUCCAACAUGUACAUUCUGCUAAUACAGUUUGGUUACAAACAUUUUCUAUGAGAGAAGGUGUACAGGUUUUAUCAAAUAUUGAAAAAGAUAUAAAGAAAUUGAACAAAGGUCUUUGUGUUAUUAUAAAUCAAAUGUACUUUGUGAAUAAAAAGUUUGAAACUAGAUUUGGAACUUCAGCUGAUUGCAAGAAAUUAUUGGAAACAUUCCAAGGAUUUGGUUUUACUGUUGAAGUGUUGAGCAACCUUAAAAAAGAUGAAAUACUUCAAAAAUUAGAAGAUAUUCCAAAAGAAUUUGGAACAGAUUAUGAUUGCAUAUUUCUAUGCAUUUUAAGUCAUGGUACUAAAGGUUGCAUUAUUAGUUCAGAUGAAGAAGAAGUUAGUAUUGAAACAAUUGAAUGUAAAUUUUGUUGUGCAGAAUUAGAGAAUGUUAUUAAAAUAGUUGUUAUACAAGCUUGUCAAGGAGAAACAACAGGAGAAGCGAAUGACACUUUAGAUACAGAUGGUCCUGUAAAUAACAAUGUUCGAAAUAUUUUAGCAUACAAAAAUUUCUGUAUAUUCAUGUCAACUAUACAAGGUUUUGUAUCUGUACGUCACAAGGAGGAAGGAUCAUGGUUUAUACAAGAUUUUUGUAAUAUUUUACAAACUGGAGGAAACAAUAUAACAUUCUUGGGCGCCGUGAAUGAAACAAUUCAAUCGGUAGUGAAGAAAAGAGGAAGAUUAAACCAAACAGAUUCUAUUGCACAAUUACCUGAAUUAAGAUCAUAUAGAUUACUUAGUGACUUUCAGUUACCAGAGUAUCAAGCGUCAAAAUAAUAAAACGAAUGCAUUGCAACAUUCAAUGUUAUUUCUUUUUAACAAUUAUCGAUAAAACAACGCUAUAUUUUUGCAAGAUAUACCGUAUAAUAAAAUUAUACUAAUUUCGUAAAA